AUGGUAAUUUUCAAAAUAAACUAUAAUAAAAAAAUAGGUAAAAAUAAUUAUGGUCGCAUAGUAACUAGACAUAGAGAAAAGGGUAGAAAAUCGUUAUAUAUACCUAUAGAUUUGAAUUAUUUUAAUUAUGAAACAGAUAAAAAGUUUUAUAUAAGACUGCUUAGUACGGAAUCUAAUCACAUGUAUAGAAAUACAAAACUAAUUUUAGGUUUAAGUAUGGAAGGUAAAACUAAAGGACAAUUAAGAUAUAUAAUAAAACCAAACAAAAAAUCAUUAGGUGAUUUAAUAAAAUUUACGGAGAAAACUAGCAAACACUUUGGAGAUAUUAACUACUUAAAUAAUUUUGAUAUAAACGAUAAGUUGUAUAGUUUAGAAUUUAAACCUAAAAUAAAAUCUAAAAUUUGUUUAUCAGCAAAAUGUGUUUCUAUACUUUUAAACAAAGAAAAUAAUUUAAUAAAAAUAAAAUUACCUUCAAACAAAAUAAAAAAAUUAAAUAAUAAAUGUUACGCUGUUUAUGGUAAUUCUGAAAAAGUAAUUUCAAAUUUUAAGCAAAAAGCUGGUACUGAAAGACUUUUUGGUAAUAGACCUAAAGUAAGAGGUUCAGCUAUGAACGCUUGUGACCAUCCUCAUGGUGGUGGAGAAGGUAAAGCUCCAAUUGGUAGAAGAUCAAUAUGUUCUUUUAAAGGUAAAAAAACUAAAGGAGUUAAAACAGUUAAAUUUAAAAAUGAUUAUAUUAAAUAA